AACAGAGAAGCCUGAGAUGCUGCUGUAGCUGCUAUAGCUAGCGUUAGCUACCCCGCUAGCUCAGCCCAUAGGGAUUCACAGAGCUAAGCUAGCUAGCUGGCUAACGUAAACAUGCUAAGCUAACGCUGCUGUUAGGUAGCAUAGCUUAGCCCGACUGGCUGGCCUGACAGCACAGACCGCACAUUUGAUUAUUUAACCAAAACUGUGCAGAACAUCAGAGAUUUGCAGUUUCCCCGUUUAUGUAGCAGUGUAAUAUUACUCAAACACAGGAGCUGGGCUAGCUCUUUUAGCUCUGUUUACUCUAUAUGUGCUAGGGGUUGAUGUGACAGAAGGUAUGAAGACAGCAUCAUAGCGAAGCCAUGGCUGACAAGAGAAAACUCCAAGGUGAAAUAGAUCGGUGUUUGAAAAAAGUGGCAGAAGGUGUGGAGCAGUUUGAAGACAUCUGGCAAAAGCUUCACAAUGCAGCAAACGCCAACCAGAAGGAGAAAUAUGAGGCGGACCUUAAGAAGGAAAUUAAAAAGCUCCAGCGAUUACGAGACCAGAUUAAAACAUGGGUGGCAUCCAACGAGAUCAAAGACAAACGGCAGCUAGUGGAAAACCGAAAACUAAUAGAGACGCAAAUGGAGCGCUUCAAGGUGGUUGAGAGGGAAACUAAAACAAAGGCAUACUCUAAAGAAGGGCUUGGAUUGGCUCAAAAAGUGGACCCAGCACAGAAAGAGAAGGAAGAAACAGAACAGUGGCUGACGAACACAAUAGAUACACUAAACAUGCAGGUGGACCAGUUUGAAAGUGAAGUGGAGUCUCUUUCUGUUCAAACAAGAAAGAAAAAGGGAGACAAGGAGAAGCAGGAUCGUAUUGAGGAGCUGAAGAGGUUGAUUGAGCGGCACCGCUAUCACAUCCGUAUGUUAGAGACCAUUCUGAGAAUGCUGGACAACGACUCAGUGCAGGUGGAUGCCAUCCAUAAGAUCAAAGAUGAUGUGGAGUACUACAUCGACUCCUCGCAAGACCCAGACUUUGAGGAAAACGAAUUCAUCUAUGAUGAUCUGGACCUAGAAGACAUCCCACCGUCUCUGAUGGCCACCUCUCCGCAGGGACACAAUGAUGAAGAGAUGUUUCUUCAGUCCAGCAGCACUCCCACCUCCACCACCUCGUCGUCACCCAUUCCUCCUUCUCCAGCUACAGGCACCACUGAGAACUCUGAGGAGGAGAAGAAGAGGGGGCGGUCUACAGACAGUGAAGUGAGUCAGUCCCCUGUGAAGAACGGCAAUCCCUCGCUCUCCUCAUUCUCCUCAUCCACUUCCUCAGGGUUUUCGUCGUCCUCCUCCCUUAUAUCCAUGGCUACUGUUGUUGGCGGUGGAACGACAGCAGUCUCUGGGGGCCCUGGCCUCCUGGGUAGCUUCAGCAGUGCAGUACAGCAGCACCCCCCACAGUCACAGCAGCAGCAAGCCCAGGCCAAGCUCUCAUCCUCCUCGGGGCCUACUAACAACGCCCCCAGCCCGCCCAGCCACCCUAGUUUGCCUGCCUCCACUGCUCCAUCUUUGCCCAGUUCCAGUACACCUGGUCUGACCACUUCCAGCUCCCAGUCGCAGGCCUCCACAGUGCCUACCACAGGUGGAGCAGGCUUGGGUUUGGGCUUAGGUCUGGGCCUGGCGAAGGGUGGUGUGACUGUAACAAGCAGCAGCAGUGUGGCUCAGAUGCCCGGGCUUGGCCUGGCAGGGAUGGCCAGCUCACACAGCACCAUGGCAGGCCUUUUGUCUGGCUCUACUCCAGCUCCAUAUGCGCAGGCGGCAGCAGGUGGCACCACAAGCAGCGCCCCCGGUGGACCCGUGGGCAAUGGCAGUAGCAGUGGGAGUGCGACAGCACCAGCAGCAGGGACGGGGACAAGCGCAGGCGCACCCACGAAUGGCACAGGUGCAGGAACAGGGCUGGGGCUUCUGGGCUCCAGUCCUGGGCAUGGGGGGCUUAGUGCGGGUAUUCUAAGUCUGGUUCCUGGACAAACACCUCUUCAGGGGCCUGCACAGGUACCUAUGAGCCCUGUGGGCACAGUACCAGGAGGGUCAGCAGUUGUAGGAGUGUCAGGAGGAAAUGGAGGAAGCGUGGGUCCCGGGGGUGGUGUUGGCGGAAGCAUGGCUCCAGCCAGACCUUCUAGUGUCGUUAAACAGAAUGGAGGAACAAACCAUUUAGCUUACAGUGCAGUGGUGGCAGACAGCAGCUCGGACUCCUCCCUCAGCAGUGCCAGCCAAUCCCAAAACAGCCAGCCCUCUUCCACCAGCUCAUCAGCAAAUCAAGCUCUGGAUAACGGCCCUAGUUUACUGAGCUCCAUCACUCUGCCCCCCACCUCCCAGUCACCACCUUUUUCAGACAGCACCCCUGGUGGUGGGAGUUUGCUUAACGGGCCACACUCCUACACACCAAGCACUGAGGCCAUAAAGGCUCCAGAGCCUCUGAGCUCUCUCAAAGCAAUGGCUGAGAGGGCAGCUCUAGGAUCAGGCCUGGAUGGAGAAAUCCCAUCACUUCAUCUAACUGACCGAGAUUUGUUUUCAGGGACCACAGCCCCUCCUGUGCCCCCAACAGCACCCCAGCCUGCUGUGACUGAGGUUAACCUCCCACCUUCCUUGGGGGCAUGUCCUCUCGGCCCCACCCCUCUUUCCAAAGAGCAGCUCUACCAGCAGGCGAUGCAGGAGGCAGCCUGGACACACAUGCCCCAUCCGUCUGACUCUGAGAGGAUCAGGCAGUACCUGAUGAGGAACCCAUGCCCUACUCUGCCGUUCCACCACCAGAUGCCCCCCCACCACUCAGACUCAAUAGAGUUCUACCAGAGACUGUCCACUGAAACACUCUUCUUCAUUUUUUACUACUUGGAGGGCACAAAGGCGCAGUAUUUGUCUGCUAAAGCCUUGAAGAAGCAGUCAUGGAGGUUCCAUACUAAGUAUAUGAUGUGGUUUCAGAGGCAUGAGGAACCCAAGACCAUCACUGAUGAGUUUGAGCAGGGCACGUACAUUUAUUUUGACUAUGAAAAGUGGGGCCAGAGGAAGAAAGAGGGUUUCACCUUCGAGUACAGAUACCUGGAGGACAGAGACCUGCAGUGACUCACAGAUGGACGAACAGGCUGCGAGAGGGAGAAAGAAAGACACAGAAAUUGCUACGACAACUGCUGCUGUUGACAUUCCAAGUUUGAACUCCAUGUCGUGGUUAUAGUUGGAUGUAAUGUAGGCCUUUUUCUUUACAAGAGAGAGUGCAAGCAAGUGAGCGAGAGAUAGAUGGAGAAAAGGGGUCGAGUGCCUGUUUACAUGCAAACAUUUUAAAUCUUCAGUUCCCCCUUCCCCUUAAUUUGUGUUUUAAUUCAAACCCCUCUGUAUUGCCUAACCAAGGAGGAAAACGGAAAGGAAUGAUUGGAAAAGUAAAGAAAUUCGGACAAACACAUCUUUAUAUGUAGAUUCUUCAGUGGAGUGCUGCAGUAGCCAGUAUUAGAAAGCCUCAAUCUUUUAGGUCCUGACUCGGAUGGCUAAACAGGCACUACUCGAGCUCUUAUCUAAUGCAUUUACUAUUAGUAGUUGUUCUAGGCCCCUCGGGGAGAGUAGGCAUUGUGAUUUUUGCCUUGCGAGAUAACGAGUCGACAUUUAAAUUGCUAUGCAAUUGAAAUCUUCUCGGCCUCCCUCCUUGUACCACCGCCUGAAUGUGGUUUUAUUAGACCGUAACAGAUGGCGUUGAUAUUAAAGUAUUGUUUUUGUAGCAUCUAUCUCGAGCGUAAUCCGCAAGCAGAAGGGCACGAAGCUGUCGGCCAGGAGAUUUGCGUGUGAUUUGUGUCUGUUUAAUAAUAUGGCAUGAAAGAACUCACUUAAAAUGUCUAAUAAAAGAGAAAUAUUAAAAAAUAUGUAAAGUUCAAAGCUUUAUACUUUGUUUCUUUUAGGUCGUUUGUGGAUUUUUUUUGUCAUGUGAAAGUACUAGAAUACCAACAAAUCCUUUCCCAACCCUGUUUUUCAUCUCAAAACCUCUUUUACAGAUUCCUGCUCCCAGUUAUUGUCAGGUUUCACUGAAGAAUCAUUGUUCCUAGUUUCUCCAUUUUUUUCUAAAUGCUUAGUCCCUCCUAAAACAUCCUAAUUUUGAUCAUUUCAUUUUCCAUUCUUUUCUUUUUAAGAGGGAAGAGUAACUGUGUAUUCAAAUGAGUAAAGCUACAAGUAACUACCACCAGAAUUUGGAAAAAAAAUUCAGCACAAGUUCUGAAUGCGUGCAGCUGAUCUGUGAACUUUUUUCUCCAGGAAAAAAAAAAGAUGUAUAAAUUAAUUUCUCAUCCUUGCCUUUUGGACAUUGUCAGGACAGCAUGGCACAUGCCCUUUAGUAAGGCUGAGAAGGGGGGAAAGAUUGUAAAAUUUCAAUAAAAUACUUUUGUGAACCAGA